UUGUCUGCCGUCCGAAAGCAAAUUUGACUAUCGCUGGGACAUUAGCUCACCUAUGGUGCCUUGAACCUACGGCUAUCGUGUACCUCGUAUAGCUUUUCUCUGAACGUUAAGCCGAACAACGGUGCCUAUAGUGUCCAACCCAGAAUCAAGUCAGAAGUCAGACACGUAAAAGGGCGGGAGGGGGGGAGGCUAUGAGCGGUGGCACACCCAUCGUUUGCUUGUAAUUAGGAAGCGGUCUUGGAACAUGGAACGUCAGCACGGCCGUACCCAAACCAUGCCUACUUUAAUGCGGUUCCAACAUGCAAAACAUGCGUCAGGGAAAGCCCAUUAACUGCACCUGGUGCAUGUUUCCUCUUCCAGCGGCAAGCCACUGAAAGCGCGAAGUGCCUUCAGACUAAAGGGAUCAACACUUCAUACAGCGUCUCCAUUGAGAUGGAGUCCAUGCAGUUUAACCACGGACCAGGUAGCGUGCGUGCGCCAGCAGAUAAACAGUUGUACACAGGAUGCAGUUCUUCAGAUUCGUACCAGCGGCUGUCACUUACAAUCCUGUGCGCCACUGGUCCGACAACGUGGCACUAUCAAGACCGCUACAAAACAAACUACGCGCUUGAUAAAUACGAGAACUUUCUGAAUACUUUCGACACAAAGGAGUCCCUCCAAUUCAAAGUUUGUGACGCCUGGCGCGACUACGGCAGCUCGAGGAUCGGCAUCAGCGCGUACAGCGUGAACGCCGACUUUCCCCACCCAAUUUUCCAGUGCCCGAAAGACCAGUGGACCCCCGACGGGUCGCGGCUGCGGCUUGUGCAGGGGUUCGGGGACUUCCUCAGGAAGGAGGGCGGCGGUCAAAACCCGAAAGCGACGUUUUUCGAUCGCUGCCGACAGCUCACGUGACUCGUCGCGCGCAAAGUUCAGGGUUGCGACCUCGAAGUCGCCUCGACAUCUUUGCGACUUUGUCGACGUUAGCGCAUUUUACCUUCUGCUUAUUGUUCUUGAUGAGUAUGACGUUCGAUUGAUAUGCGUUGUCUUUUUGUGGCUCCACAUUGAAUUUUAAUAUGUGCGCAUCACCAUUAUUUCAAUCGCAACAUGUGUUCAUUUUCCUCUGUGUACAUGAAGAGCGUGCGUUCUUCACGGAAUAGUGUCAUAAAGGUA